AAUAACUACAGAUACUUGGACUCUCCACACACCUGUGGCCUAAACUUUUUCCUCCUAACGUUUGCCUUUUCGUUUAAAUUUCAAAUUUUGUGUCUCAAAAGACAGUGAUUAUAUAUGCCCCAAAAAAUUAAAACCGAAGGAUCACGCCAGACAGCAAGAUCAAUGGAGAUUUUAUUUUUUAAAUUUUUUUAGUUCCGUCUGUGUUUUUCUUUUUUCUGCUCUAUUCUUCUGCAUAAGCCCUCUGUAAUGGGGGAAUCAACUUGUCUCUUGCAUGGCUUCUCUUAUGCUUCUGCCAUACCCAAUGAGUCCAAACAGGGGAACGCAAUGCACGCCCUUGGCGAAUCAAUCUCAUUUGGGAGAUUUAUGACAGAGUCUUUAUCAUGGGAAAAAUGGUCAUCAUUUUCUUCUUCGACAUCCUCACACAAGAAGUAUGUGGAGGAGGCCGAGAGAUAUGCCCGGCCGGGCUCAGUGGCCCAGAAAAAGGCCUUCUUUGAGGCCCAUUACAAGAGAAUGGCGGCCCAAAAGGCCGCAGCUCUACUAGAGCAACAAAACGCUGCUGCUGGUGCUGCUAAAACAGAACUUUAUGAGGAUCGCAAUGUACAUGAUCAUCAGCAAAAAGGAGGGAUUUUGGAUUCUCAAUUGGAUUUUGUUGAGAAAAAUGAGGAUGUCAAAGUUGAGGAUGUUAGAGAAGAUAAAGUGGAUUGGAAUAAUCAUAUGGAUGAGGAUAGGGUUUGUAAAGAGGGGGAAAAUGUGAUAAAUGCAGAAAUUGAAGGCUCAGGAGAAAGCCCUGUAGAGAGAAGAAUCUCUGUUUCAGGGUCUGAGAUUAGUGGAACUCCACUGAUGGAGUUGCCUUUGCUAAAGAGCAAUUCAGCUGUGACAGAGGAAGUUCAAUCAGCAGAGAGCAAGAAAAAAUCAAGCCUCGCCAGUUUAAAAUCAUCGAUAAGGCGUAAAACGUGGAAAAUCCCGUCUACACCUGCAAGACCACCAGUUACUACUAAUACUACUCCUCAAUUCAAGAAAGAUAUUUCCCAAAGCACAAGAAAGUCUAAUGUGGACACUACAGACAAAAAAAGAAACUCCACAAAGUCUUUACGCGAACUGAUUAGCUUAGUUCCCGUUAAAGAACCUGAUAAGCAGCCUUCUUUAGCCACCAUCAAAGGUGUUAGUUUGAUCAAAACACCUAAAAUUUGCAGGACGCCAAUUAGAACCCCAGCUGUGGGAACAUCAAAGGCUGUGACAAAAGAUUCUGCAUAUACUCCUUUAACAGAGAGAAGAAGGAUGAAAACACCGAUUGACUCGUCUGCUGCCUGUGGAAGCAAAACAAUGGGUCCCAAAUGGCACAUUUUGUCUGCUCUUUCUAAGUCGGUGACUGCCUGUCGCAACAAACUACAAUCACCGAGCUUAUCAACCCCUUUUACUCUCAGAACAGAAGAACGAGCUACGAAAAGAAAACAGAAGCUUGAAGAAAAGUUCAAUGCCAAUGCAGUGCAAAAGAAGGUUGAGCAACAAAACAAAUUGAAGGAUAAAGCCGGAAGCGAACUUCGGAAGCUAAGUUGUACUUUCUGCUUCAAAGCUCGACCCUUGCCCAGCUUUUACAAGGAAAGGGAAAUCUCGGUCAGUCAGACAAGGAAGACUCAGACAGCAGUACUAGGAAGAAGCAUUUCGAACAAGAAGAAGAAUCAAGGCACUAUCUCAAUGCCUCCUCCUCCUCCGCCUCCAAAAUAUACAGUCAAAAAUGGAUUUUCAAAGAAACUCUCCAAAAACAAAGUUGCUGCAAAUGGACACAAAUGUCCCAAUCCUUCAUUAACCAUUGCACGCGAGAACAAGUCCCCAAAUAUUGUACAUUGAAGCAGACACUUGUAUUUUUUCGCAGGAAAAUGAAGCUCAGUUUGAAUAUUGAUCAUUGGAGGUGUGUUAAUAUUGAGUGUUAAUGUAUCCAUAAUAUGCCCUUGCUUGCAGUAGUUGAAGGAGUUUGUAACAUGAUUCUAUGGAAACAAAUGUUUGGAGACAAAAAUAGAUACAUACCCUGCCUCAAUUGCAAUUGCUGGACAAUUUUUGCCCCUAAAACUAG